ACGGUGACUUCAGCAACUGCACUUUGUUAUAUUUAGAAAUGAGAUGCAAACAUUUUUAUGACACAACUCAGGCUUUAUAGGGAGCAGCCAGUCUCAGAAAAACCAGCUUACCACUGGGGGAGUUUAAAAAAAAAACAGAAAGUACACAGAUCCAAGAAGAGUCAACCUGUUUGACUGAAGAGCUCAACUUGAGGUGGAAAAUGUUCAAGCAGGUGUUGAUUGGGGUUGUGUGUGGGUCUGCCAUACUGACGAUAGGUAUCCUAAUUGGUCACUUUGGAAUCACAAAGAGCGGCGACUCUGCGCCGUCCUGGGUGGAGGAUGUGUCGAAGGAUGUGGAUGAAAACCUCAUUCAGGAGUUUUUAUCUCAGGUGGAUAAUGUUAAUAUUCAGGAGAACCUGAGGGAGUUGACCAAAGUGCCUCAUAUGGCCACCACACCUGGAGACGAGCAAACGGUCCAGUUCAUGUUAAAGAGAUGGCAGGAUCCUGAAACUGGUCUGGAUCGGGCCUGGAGAGAGGAAUAUAAGGUCUAUCUUUCUUUUCCUGACCCCAACAAACCAAAUAAAGUUACUGUUGUGGACCCAUCUGGGUCUGUGCUGCACACUGCCAGAGAAAAGGAGAAACCUUAUUAUGCAGAGCAAGAAGAUGCUGCGGUGGUUCAGCCGUUUGCUGCGUACUCUCCUCCAGGAAACCCAAAGGGGAAACUGGUUUACGCCAAUCAGGGGAAACUCAGUGAUUACGAGCGUCUGAACCAGACAGUCGACCUCAGAGGAACAAUCGCCAUCACCAGAUAUGGAGGAGUAGGUAGAGCAGACAAAGCCAUCAAUGCAGAACCAUACGGCAUCAUAGGUGUGCUCGUGUACACGGACCCUCUGGAUAUCAACGAUGGUCUCCUGUCUGACACCAACGAGACGUAUCCUCACUCCUGGUACCUGCCGCCAUCCGGUGUGGAGAGAGGUUCCUUCAAAACUCAGUUUGGAGAUAUGCUCACGCCGUACCUGGCAGCUAAAGAGGAGACCUACAGAAUCCCRGAGACAGAUAUUAAGGGUCUCCCUCCCAUUCCAAUACAACCAAUCGGAUUUGAGGAUGCAUACAUACUGAUCAGUGAGUUAGACGGAGCUGCAGCUCCAAAUGACUGGCAGGGAGGAUUUAACUGCACCUACAAUUAUGGAGCUCCAGGAUUUAAACCAACAUCUCGUUUUAAAGACAGCAAUGUAAGUUUGGACAUCUUCAAUUCAGCAAAAACACUGAACUCCUCUAAUGUGAUGGGAGUUAUCAGAGGAAGUGUGGAACCAGACAGGUAUGUGAUUUAUGGGAACCACAGGGACAGUUGGGUACAUGGUGCCAUCGACCCAAGCAGCGGGACGUCGGUCAUGCUGGAGAUCACCAGGGUCCUGGGCCGACUGGUCAAACAAGGAAAAUGGAGGCCUCGCAGGUCCAUCAUCUUUGGAAGCUGGGGAGCUGAAGAGUUCGGACUUAUUGGGUCUACCGAGUACACAGAGGAAUACUUCACUAAGCUGAGUGAACGCGCCGUGGCUUAUAUAAAUGUGGACAUAGCUGUUUUUGCCAACGCCACCCUCAGAGCCUCGGGGAUGCCUUCGAUGCAAAAUGUCAUCUUCAAAGCCGCAAAACAGGUCAGUGCACCUGGACAGGGUUCCACAAAUGUGUACGAAAACUGGAAACGUUACUUUAACAGGACCAGCCCGACUCAUGGGCUCAUUCCAAGACUGGGUUAUCUGACAGGAGCUGGGAGUGAUUACGCUGCCUUUAUUCAUUACCUGGGAAUCGCUUCAAUGGACAUGUCCUACACGUAUGACAGGAGUAAAACAAAUGCUCGGAUUUAUCCUGCUUACCACACAGCAUAUGACACAUUUGACUAUGCCUCAAAGUUCAUUGACCCAGGCUUUGUGAGUCACCAAGCAGUGGCCAGGACAGCGGGGAACAUCCUCCUUCGACUGGCCGACAGUCUGGUGUUGCCACUGAACUGCAGCGACUACGCCGAGAGUCUGGAGAAAUACCUGAAAACAGCAGUGGACCUGUAUCAGGAGCCGCUUCAAGCUAAGAAGAUCUCUAUGGAUGUACACCACCUUUCGUCCAGUAAAGAACCGCUAAAACGAGCCGUGGCCAGUUUUCGCAAAGCAUCUGAAUCUUUAGACGAGCUGAUUCGCAGCUCAGAUCUGGCAAACGAAACGCCGCUGAAGGUCAGAAAGAUCAAUGACCAGCUCAUGUUGGUGGACAGAGCUUUCUUGAAUCCUCUGGCCUUCAAAGACAAAUAUGGAUUCAGGCACACUAUCUGGGCUUCUAGUAACGCCGGAACGUCAACCUUCCCAGGACUGGCAGACGCCUUUGCUGAUGCGGAGUCAUCAGGUCUGUCCAGUGACUGGGACCACGUGCACUAUCACCUGUCAGUGGUGAGCCAAGCCAUUGAAGGAGCUGCCAGCAUGCUGACUGAUGUAAUAUAAGAAGAAUAUUGUAAAGGAGGAGCUUUUGCACAGUAAUAACAAGGGCUGGACUAUUAAUAAAAGAAAA